CUUCUCAACGAUUGUCGCAUAAUUUUGACAGUGCGAACAACUCCCCGAUUCGCAUCUCAACCGACUAUCAUCGCGCUCGAAAUUCCACGAAAUGCCGUACAAUACCAGAAGAAAGUCGCUCUCGUUGCCUUUGCUCGGCAUCCAGCUCCCACACGCUUCUCGAAGUACGGCACAUCGCUCACCGCCCGACACUACGUCGCAUGAGCAACCUCCGUCGAAGAAAGUCAAGCGAUCGCAUACACCGGCAUCACCUCCCCCUUCGGUUUCUGAACCCGCUGCGAAUGGCGCGACGAAAGUCGCAGCAUCAAAGAGCGCUGGCCGUUCUUAUGAGCAGACGCCACCACCAUCGCCGGGCGUUGCAGAAGUGUCAAAGAUAGACACAGAAGGCAUAAAUGAUGAUAUAGUGAAAGGGGUUAUAGAACAGCUAGAAAAGACUGGAAAUCGGCCUCACCUCGUCAAAGAGCUUGCUGCAAUCCUGUCUACCACGCUUCCAGUUGUAGAAAGCUCCGCGAAUCCCGCCGCAAUCAUCACAUCUCGACUCACGAGUUACCUUCGUCGACCCUGGACUGCGCUUUCGCCUUGUCCCGUGGGCAAAAUCCUAACCGCCACCCACCCCCGCCGCAUCUACUUCCACCUUACUACGAGCACGCCACAACCCAUCCCCGAACUCUAUGACGCUCUCAAUCACACCUCUGGAGUGAUUUCUCCAUCACUCACUUCCGCAUCUGCCGACGAAGAAGAUGAACACGAGGCACGAAUGCGCGUCACCCUCUCACCAUCUCCUGAAGUCGAUCUGUCGUCUCCGGAGCUAGAUGAUGAGGAUAUGCCUCCGACUCCCACAGGCUCUUUCACCGGUCGAAGUGCCCCCGGAAGAGGCAAUCAUCACUCAAUUAAUAUCGCCCAUAAUCAUCGUGCGGCGAGUCCGCCAUUGGAAGGCGAUGAGAAGGAGUUUACACAGACCGCAAGCUCGAUGCGAAAACGAAGUCUGAGCCAGGAAGACAAACCGACCGAAGAAGUGCGCCCGAGUACCGAGGAUGAGGAAGCCCUUCUGGAGACCGAAGAGAAUGCGGAUCAGCAAAAUAGCGAUGCUGCGGCAACGCUUUUUGGCCAUAGCCACGUUGAGCCUAUGCAUUUGACGUUUAGCAGUCCUGGUUCUCGAAUCAGCAGUUUCCAUGUGUUUACCUCGACCAGAAAGCUUGCCAACGACUCGCUGGACGGUAUGGAGGUCGACAUCAAGGUUGAUCCUGAAGGAGCAUCGUCCAUUCCUGGGGACCACAGCUUGGGCAUGUGGGAUGGGGACAUGCGAAAUCCCGAAAACGUGGAAUUGGACGAGCUCGAUGAUCUUUUCGGCGCAUACUGAAGAAAUAUGCUCAAUCCCUUUUCUGUUUAUUUUGUUUAUGAGUCGGAGAAGAACUGGUAGAUGGACUCUUUCUUGCAUAUUUUGCCAUAUAUUUUCUUCCGUCGCGGAAUCUCUUCUCGCUCCUCGCCACUUUUUUUCCCUUGGUCGUUCUUUUUCUAGCCGAUCUUUUCUGGCACUCUCUUCGCCCUUUUCAAAAUUUCUGGCGCAUUCGUUCUCCCCUGCAACGAUGUUUUCACGCAUGUCGGGGAGCCUUCGUUAAUGGCGUUACCAUUUCCACUGGUUGGAGUUGGACCUGUUCGACGCAACUGAUAUAUCUUUUAUUUAAUGGCCCACACAACUCUACUCGGAUCUCUCCUUCCUUUCGUCAAUCAUGUAUUUUUAGGCAA